UGAAUAAACUCUGAUCUAAAGCAAUAAAUUCGGUAUCUCUUUAUGCCAAAAUCAUAUAUAUACACACGCAUAUCUCUGUGUAGUUUGUGAGAGUGAAAGUGAGAGAGGUAGCAGACAUGGGUUUUGUUGAAGAAAAACAAGAGAACAACAAUAAAAGUGGUGAGAAAGGAGGAAGUUGUAAUGAAGAACAACAGAAAGUCCCAUUCUACAAGUUGUUUACAUUCGCGGACCGGGUCGACAUCUCUCUAAUAAUCGCCGGCACAUUGGGCGCCAUCGGCAACGGGAUGGCGCAGCCGCUGAUGACCAUCUUCUUCGGCGAGCUCAUAAAUUCUUUCGGAACUACAGAUCCCUCGCAUGCUGUUCAUCAAGUCUCUAAGAUAUGUAUCAAGUAUGUGUACCUUGCCAUCGGUUCGGGCAUAGCUGCGUAUUUACAGAUGUCUUGUUGGAUGAUUACUGGAGAGCGUCAGGCAGGUCGUAUAAGGGCAUUAUACUUACAGACAAUUCUAAGACAGGACAUUGCCUUCUUUGACACGGGAACUACAACGGGAGAGGUUAUAGGAAGAAUGUCUGGCGAUACCAUUCUCAUUCAAGAAGCCAUGGGCGAAAAGGUUGGGAAGUUCUUACAGUUUACUUCAACAUUCGUGGGAGGAUUCGCAAUUGCCUUUUCAAAAGGAUGGCUUCUCUCAUUGGUGUUGUCUUCGUCCAUACCUGCCCUGGUUAUAACAGGAGGAUCUAUGGCGCUUCUCAUUGCAAAGAUGUCAAGCCGUGGCCAAGUUGCGUAUGCACAGGCUGGAAAUGUAGUGGAGCAGACAAUAGGAGGGAUUAGAACUGUUGCUUCUUUCACCGGAGAGCAACGCGCAAUCAAGAAAUAUGAGGAGAAGCUACAAAUCGCUUAUAAAUCUACAGUUCAACAAGGGCUUGCUUCUGGCAUAGGACUGGGAGUUAUAUUACUAGUUGUGUUCAGCACUUACGGGCUAGCGGUCUGGUACGGUGCCAAGCUCAUAAUACACAAUGGGUACACAGGAGGAGAUGUGAUUAAUAUUCUUAUGGCCAUCAUGAAUGGAGGAAUUGCACUGGGGCAGACAAGUCCAUCUCUCAACGCAUUUUCGGCAGGGCAGGUUGCAGCUUACAAAAUGUUUGAGACAAUAAAUCGCAAACCAGUGAUUGAUGUUUACGACACGAGUGGCACUGAGCUGCAAGAUAUUAGGGGUGAAAUCGAGCUGAAAGAUGUGUAUUUCAAGUAUCCGGCGAGGAAAGAUGUGCAAAUUUUUGCAGGGUUUUCAAUUUAUAUCCCUAGUGGCAAGACUGCAGCUCUUGUAGGGCAGAGCGGGAGCGGCAAGUCUACCAUCAUUAGUUUAUUGGAAAGGUUUUAUGAUCCUGAUUCUGGAGAAGUUAUUAUAGACGGUGUUAACUUGAAGAAAUUUAAAGUGAGAUGGUUGAGGCAACAAAUGGGAUUAGUGAGCCAAGAGCCAAUCUUGUUUGCAACUAGCAUAAAAGAGAACAUAAGCUAUGGUAAGGAAAAUGCUACAGAUGCAGAGAUCAGAACAGCAAUAGAACUUGCAAAUGCAGCCAAAUUCCUUGACAAGCUCCCUGAGGGGCUUGAUACAAUGGUUGGUGAGCAUGGAACACAGUUAUCAGGCGGACAAAAACAAAGGAUUGCUAUAGCCAGGGCCAUUCUAAAGAACCCUAAAAUCCUCCUCCUUGAUGAAGCUACUAGUGCUUUGGAUGCAGAAUCAGAAAGAAUUGUGCAAGAUGCACUGGACAAGGUGAUGGCCAACAGGACCACUGUGGUCAUUGCUCAUCGUUUGACCACAAUCCGAAAUGCUGAUCUAAUAGCAGUAGUGCAAACCGGCAAACUCGUGGAACAAGGAACUCAUGAUGAGUUGAUCAAAGAUCCUAACGGAGCAUAUACACAGCUAGUAAGAAUGCAGGAAGGAAACAAGCAGCAAGAAGAGAAGACGACAACGACUAGUGUAGAAGAUCCAGCUGCUGCUGCUGAUGAUGAUGAAUUAAGUAGAAGCCAGCAGGAGCAGCAGAUGUUAUCUUCUGUACUGAGAAGAUCUAUCAGCCGUGUACAAUCUUUCACGCAUAGUUAUGCAAUUCCAGGGCUAGUUGACAUCCAACAAUCUGAAGAUCAACAAGUAGAAGAUAAAUUAGAGGAGGCCGCAGUAGUAGAUGCCCAAACAUUAAAGAAAAGAAAGCGAGUGUCUAUCAAAAGGCUUGCCCUCCUCAACAAACCAGAGUUUCCAUUUUUGCUUCUUGGAGUUUUAGCAGCAUGCUUUCAUGGAAUAAUCUUCCCAAUAUUCGGCCUCCUUCUUUCCACUGUCAUCAAAAUUUUCUUCAAGCCUCUACCAGAGAUGAAUAAAGAUUCCAAGUUCUGGGCACUCAUGUAUAUUCUCCUCGGGGUAGCUACUUUAAUAGUUGUGCCCAUCCAGAAUUUCUUCUUUGGAGUUGCGGGGGGUAAACUCAUCCAGAGAAUCCGUUCUUUAACAUUCAGGAAAGUAGUCUACCAAGAAAUUAGCUGGUUUGAUGAUCCUGCGAACUCAAGUGGUGCAGUUGGCGCAAGAUUAUCCACCGAUGCAUCCACUGUCCGGAGCCUUGUAGGUGAUGCUUUGGCUCUAAUUGUCCAGAACAUGGCAACAGUCGUGGCAGGGGUCGUAAUUGCCUUUACAGCUAAUUGGAUCCUAGCAUGCGAUCCGUUUCUCCUGAGAUUGCUCAGACUAUCCUUUGGAUUGCAGGGCCACAUGGCUUUGAAAUUUCAAUCAGGAUUCUCUUCUUCCUGUUCUCUUCCUAAUUUCAUAAUAAGUCAAGUUGCAAAUGAUGCAGUUGGGAGCAUAAGAACCGUGGCCUCGUUUUGUGCAGAAGAGAAGGUGAUGGCUAUGUAUCAGAAGAAAUGUGAAGAGCCUAUGAAGCAAGGGGUUAAAAUAGGACUCAUAAGUGGAGGGGGUUUGGGCUUUGGUUCUCUUGUGCUCUAUCUCACAAAUGCAUUUUGUUUCUACAUAGGAGCUGUUCUUAUUGAACACGACUUAGCAACCUUUCCAGAGGUCUUCAAGGUUUUCUUUGCACUGGCAAUGACUGCUACUGGAGUUUCUCAAUCCUCUGCUAUGGCACCAGACCUUAACAAGGCUAAGGAUUCAGCAGCCUCUAUAUUCGACAUUCUUGACAGAAAACACAAGAUUGAUAGUAGCAGUGAACAAGGUACGACAUUAACUAGUGUCCGAGGAGAUAUCGAGCUACAACAUGUAGCAUUCAAGUAUCCAACUCGCCCCGAUAUCGAAAUUUUCAAGGACAUGUGCCUCACUAUGCCUGCUGGAAAGACAUGCGCUCUUGUUGGAGAGAGUGGAAGUGGGAAAUCAACGGUGAUUGGGCUAGUAGAGAGAUUCUAUGAUCCUGAUUCUGGAGAGGUUUUGCUGGAUGGGGUUCCAAUCGAGAAACUCAACCUAAGUUGGCUAAGGCAACAAAUAGGGCUGGUGAGCCAAGAACCAGUACUCUUCAAUGACAGGAUUCGCGACAACAUAGCCUAUGGCAAACAAGGAAAUGUUACAGAGGAAGAGAUCAUUGAGGCUGCAAAAGCAUCCAAUGCUCACAAUUUCAUCUCCUCACUGCCUCACGGCUACGAUACUCCGGUGGGAGAGAGGGGGACACAACUAUCCGGUGGUCAAAAGCAACGGAUAGCCAUCGCUAGAGCGAUACUUAAAGAACCAAGAAUUCUUCUACUGGACGAGGCUACGAGCGCGCUGGACACACAGUCAGAGCACAUAGUGCAAGAGGCGUUGGAGCGCGUGAUGGUGAACCGGACCACUGUCGUCGUGGCUCACCGUUUAGCAACAAUUAAAGGGGCUGACCUGAUUGCUAUGGUGAAAAAUGGAGUCAUUGCAGAGAAGGGGACACACGAGACGCUUUUGAAAAUCAAUGGAGGAGUUUAUGCUUCGUUGGUAGCACUUCACACCACUGCUACUACUAAAUGAUCACAUCUCAUCCCAUGCAUCCAUUCUAGCUUCUUGCCGGGGGACUGAUAGAUGGAAGAUACAAAUAUUUCCACACACCACCUCCCAACAUGUUUAUUUAUACAAUAAAUGCAUGUGGAUGGUUGUUUCAUUUUUCUUAAUAUCAAAUUUUAAAAUGAUGGAUACAUGUAUUAUAUUCUAUCCGGUUUGCAAAAUUGCAAGUAACAAAUUUAAUUUUCUACCUUUGUCCUUAA